AUGUAUUCCUGGCCUGAUGGAUCCAAAUACACAGGAAAGUUUUAUUUGAACCGAAAAGAGGGAUACGGAGUACAAGCAUUCCCAGAUGGAUCAAAUUUUGAGGGUCUAUAUCAUGCUGAUGAACGCUUCGGCCCUGGGGUCAUGACAUACCCUGAUGGGCGGCAGGAUGUGGGCCUUUGGCAUAGAGAGAGGCUACUAAGACUCUGCACCACACUGGAGGGCGGCUUCAGUCUUGAGGACUUCCCAGAACACAUGACCAGACUGCCUAAGAAACAUCUGAAACAACCUCAACUUCCUGUUGAGGUGGAGUCGAGUAGAGACACCGAUCAGGGUCUAUCUGAGGACGAGGACCGUUUCAUCCUGCCUCCAAACAUUGAGAGUUAUUCCACAGAUUCAGACCAUCUGCCCGUCCCCAGGUGUCUACGCCGGGAACUGGACCUUCACUUUUUUGGUACGAGUGACAUCAGCACAGAGCAGAACUCACCAUCGACAGCCUUGCCGCUACAACAGCGCAUGAGUGCACACAUUCAGAGACACAGAUUUGAGAAGGACACAUUAGACUGGGAUGUUGCUGCAGUGCUGAAUAUGAACAGGACUCAAUUCGGACCCAAAGGUCCCUUGGAGCUGAACUCAGAGAAACUGAUCAAGGAAGCGUCACAUGGUGAAUGCAGGAAUGUUUACCGAAUCCUCAGAGAUGGAAAAGUUCAUCCUGACGUGAGUGACGUACGGGGACAUACGGCUCUCAUAGCAGCCACGGUUAAUAGUCAUGAUGAUGUCAUCCACAUGCUGUUGGACAGCGGGGCCGAUGUUAAUAAGUUAAAUGAUGAAGGCAUGUCUGCUCUGGCUGUCUGUCAUGUCCUCUACUACCCACUUCAGUCUUUACAUGAGACACUGGCUGAGCGAGUGACACAGAAUAUCAGCCCAGAGCCACAGAUCAAGCCUUUGGAAGACGUCUCCCAUGAAUCCUCUCCUGAUCCAAUGACAGGAACACCCAAAGAUGAAAGCGGCCAAGAGACAUUUGAGACACCAAGAGAAAGCAACCAAACUGACCAAAGUCUUGAACCAGAGAACCUCAAUAACUUGGAGAAACUUGAAGCUCAAGAGCAAAUAAAUGAGGACAUAAAUGAAGAUGAGAUACUUCUUCAGCCUGACCAACCAGAAGGCCUCAACUACUCGGAGGAACCUCAACUUCAUCAAAUCAAUGAAAAUACAGAGCCAAACAAGGAGGUAGUUGUUCAACUUGAACAUGAAGAAGACAAACCAGCAGAAGAAUCACAUGUUAUAAUGUCAAGAUCUAUUCAAGUCUUUGAUGAUAAAAUCCCAGUGGGUUCUGUAUCGUGGCAAGAGAAGGAAAUUGAUGAAAACCUGGAGAGGAGCAUCAGAUCAGAUGAACCUAGUUUUGAUUCUGCAUGUUCUAUGGCUAGUUUUCAUAUUCACGUCACAGAGGAAAUCCUGCAGAAGAGUGCUGAGAUCCUGUGCCAGACAGGAACAGUGACUCGGACAGACACCCAGGAGACAGUCCGGAAAAUUGCACUUCUUAAGACAGAACACAGGAAUCGAUGGACUACAAUUAAGCUUCUGUUGGAGAGAGGAGCAGACCCGAACGCCUCUACCAUCCCCAUGCCCAUCAUCUUCCUGGCUAUCAAAGCUGCCCAUGUCAAGGGCGUCCGUCUUCUAUUGGAGUGUGGUGCUCGUACAGACAUACCUCUACUUCCAGAGCAAAAGGGUCUGUAUCCUCUUCACAUAGCAGCGGGUUUAUCUGGAGCAGAGUGUCCUGAAAUCACAGAGCUCCUCCUGCACGCCCUGGCGGAUCCUGACAUCAAAGCUCAGGAUGCACAUGAAUUCUAUGAGCUUGAUAAGGGCACAUUUGAGCCCUUUAAGAAUCAGCAUCUCAUUGCCUCUGGACCCCUGGCUAAAUUCAGCGAAGCCCCUAUUGAAUUCCCUCAGGAAGGCGGGAGGACACCACUACAUGUGGCUUGCCAAAGAGACAGCGAUUAUACAAAUGCUAGAGAUGUGGUGGCGCUUCUCCUUUCUCAUAACGCAAACCUCAGCGAUGUGUGGAGUGGCCAUUCACCCCUAUCUCUGGCCAUCGCGAGUGGCAACGACCUUGCUGUGGAUGAACUGCUAGCUGGAGGGGCUGAUCCUAAUCUUCCUCUCACUCGUCAUGUGGGCAGCGCUCUCUGUGCCCUUGCCAACAUCAGCUACAACCGUGGGCCACAUCCACGCAACCAAGUCAAGCUGCUGGAGAAGUUGAUCAAAACGGGCGCUGACAUCCUCAUGCCUGUCGUGGUGGGCGAGGGCCGCAGGUGCGCUGUGGGAACAGUCGUGGAUUAUGCGCACUGCGCAUUCCAGCAGAACCAGCGCAUGGCCCACACCCCGUACCAUGCCCUCAACAAGCAUGAGAGACAAGCCUAUAACGCCCGCCGGCAGUUGCUAGGCCUCAUGGGAGAUCUGCUGAGACGGGCGGCGAUGAGAAUGGAGAAGGAACGGAGCCAAGAUGUACUCGGUGUCAGUCCCACAGAGAAGCUUCUAUAUCCUGGAUCAGGAGCAACAUCGAGUCUGCUGAGCUCUCCUGAGGAGAACAACAGGACUUCCUUUAAUAAACACAUCAGUCAGAGAGUGCAGAGAAAGCCUCGCUUCAAAUAUUGCUAUGAAUGCGGCCGUUCAGUGGGUGUUCAGCUGUCGGCCUGUACCCGCUGUCGUGAGGUCUUCUACUGUAGCAAGACCUGCAAAACCAAAGCGUGGGACGAGCGACACAGAGACGAGUGUGUCCGUGCGCCAGUGGACAGUGGAAAAAGCAGCAGAGAUAAAUGCACACCAUGUUCACCUCUGUCCACCAAAGAUGCUAAAGGCAAGACCUUCCACCUCAGCGUGACCCCAGAAAUGCAAGAAUAUGACCUGAAUGAAAAUUACAGCUUUAUUUAGAAUGUUACAAAGGCCUGCUAAACUUUAGAUGUGUAAAAGGUUGCGGCUUCACAUUAACAUUUUUAAGACUAAAAGACAUGAGCAAGUUCAAGGUCCGGUAGAAUGAAUAGAACUUAUUUAAAAACACAGACAACAUCCAUUUCGUUUGAACAACUGUGCAUGUUUAUUACAUAAAACAGACCAAAUGUACAAAUUCAUACCUCAAAUAAAAUGCUAGUGCUGAAAUUUAACAAAAUCAAAUGUUCCAUAACACACAUCUCUGCCUCUCUCGAAUGAGCGUGUGCUCAGUCUGUCGCUGUCAUAUGAAACACAUUACGCUUGUGUUUGAGCCCUUCUCAAAGUCCAUUCAUUGAGUCAUGCGAUCGACUAAGAGUAUACAAUGUGCUUUUCAUUUAUACUGGACAACCGAGUACAAAAACGAACCUUCCUGUGACAGAGAUCGUACACUACAUCAUGUACAUUCUCAACUGCGUUUACAUUCCACAACUUUUUACAUUUCGCAUCUGACAAAACCAGGUCCUUGUGAAUUCAGCUCUAGUUGUGCAUCGAAAAAAGGAACGAAUAUCAGAAACAUGAAGAUCAUUUGACUCCUUUAAAUGCAACAUUUAGGGACUAGAUGUUGAUAUUGUGCAAGACAUUUUGUAGGAAUGUUUUUUUUGUCUGAUCAAAAGUUCAGAAAUAUCGUAACAUUACGCUCGUAAAUCUGAAUCAGCUCCUUGGAAGUGUUUUAAAACAUCAUUGCCACAAAUUUAAUUACAUUGCUCUGGAAUCAAAAUCGUAAAAUUGUCGUUAUGCCUUACAAGCUUUUACUAAAAGUGACAGUUUUUAUUUUAAAAGUAUAUUCUGUAAAUGACUGCUUCCCAUUGGCUUUGGCUAUAAUGAAAUUCCAUUCAAGGCAAAUCAUAUCAUUCAAGGCUGACACAUGCUUCUAUUUAACUUGCCAUCGGUGCUGAAAAUACUCCAGAAGUGACAUUACGAAUAUGAAUUUGCACUGCUCUGAGCAAUAACACAGCCAUGAGUUUCCAAAUGCAAGUUAAGGGUUUGCAUCAGGGUGAGUGAAGCAAAUACUUUGUGCAUUCGUGUCCUUUGGACGUUUAAUAUUUUACGUUUACAUUUCAAGAAAAGAGAAUCUCAUGUCCGGGUCAUUUUUCACACUAGCAUCAGAGAAAAAAUAUUUUGCAUUACAAAUAAAGCCUAUUUUGGGGGGCUUAAUUAAUUUAUUUUUUUGCAUUCUAAUGUGUCAGGUUAAUAAGUUCUCAUGGAAUUUUCUAUAAUGUAAAUUAAAAAAAUUCUAAUUUUAAUGAAAAGCACCCUAU